UGAAAAGGUUAAACACUGAUAAAGGGACGAGGUGCGCAGAGGAGAGACGACCUGUUGCUCCGCUCUGAACAUUCCCCAGCAGCUACUCCCACAGAGCAUCACCGUCUCCAUGCGCCAGCGGGCAUGGUCUGAACAGCAACAUCUGGAGCUUUAGAGACUGAGCGAGAGGAGGACAGGGACGCAGACACCACCGACAGAAAUUCACGCAGAGAAGGAGACUUUUUUUUUUUUUUUUAAAUUUGGAAGCUAUGGCCAACUCCGGGAUUCAACUGUUGGGGUUUUUCCUGUCUCUAAUCGGCAUCGCCGGGCUCAUCAUCGGGACUAUCCUGCCGCAGUGGAAGAUGUCGGCGUACAUCGGGGACAACAUCAUCACGGCCGUGGCCAUGUACCAGGGGCUGUGGAUGUCCUGCGCCUUCCAGAGCACCGGGCAGCUCCAGUGCAAGAUCUACGACUCCAUCCUGCAGCUCGACAGUUCGCUUCAGGCCACCCGUGCUUUGAUGAUAGUGGGCAUCAUCGUGUCCAUAGCAGGUCUGGGUGUGGCCUGUAUGGGAAUGAAGUGCACAACCUGUGCAGGGAGUGACAAACUCCGCAAGUCCCGCAUCGCCAUGACAGGAGGCAUCAUCCUACUAGUUGGAGGGCUGUGUGCCAUUGUAGCGUGCUCCUGGUUCGCUCAUAAUGUGAUCCGGGCAUUCUACAAUCCAUACACUCCAGUCAACACCAAGUUUGAGUUUGGAGCCGCCAUCUUCAUCGCCUGGGGGGGCUCCCUCCUAGAUGUCCUGGGCGGAGCCAUGUUGGCUGCCUCCUGUCCACGAAAGAAACAAGUAUCCAAGUACCCGUCCAAGGCUGGUUCCCGCUCUGGUCCGCCGAGCAGCACUAAAGAAUACGUUUGAGAGUGUCCUCUGCUUGACAAGGCUGACAAAGAAGUCCCCCCUCUCCUCCCCCCCCUUUUUUACCAUCCCAGCAAAGAGUAAAAUUGAAGGUGCACAGAAAGUUGUGGCUCAUAGAGGCAAUGAUUUACUGAAAUGGGACUUUUGUUUUCUUUUUGUCCAGGCAGGACUUUGAUAACCCCUUGAUUAUCGUGAACGAUGUCUCUCACCCCGUCCACACAUUCCACAAUUGUUUACACAUGAUCCUCACAAAUACAUUAUAAUUGGAUCCCCCGACUUAGUAGUCAAGGCCCCACGGGGUGUAACCUCUUGAAUUGUAGCCUAAAUGGUGGAUUAUAGCCAACACUGGCACCUCCAUGUUAGAACCAGCAUCUAUUAGCGUUUACAGUGUAAUUGAAAGUAAUCAAUUCCAGUUCGGUGGCUGGGCUGCGACUCAGGGGUCCCGUACAACAGAAGAGACAGGGUGACAAUACAGCCUUUUUAAAUUGAACUGCCGGUUGCUCUAAAAUAGACGUUACAGGGUGUGACUUCACACACAGGGAUCAGUGUGUAGGGUGACCGCAGCGCACAGGCCCCUUUACUACAACGCUCACCACAGCUCCUGCAAGCUCUUCAUACCAGCCUGUUAAAACCCUGCUCACAUAUGAAAUAUUUUAUUCCGUAGUCACCGUGCCAUUAUCGCUCUAAUAGCUUCCAUAUCUGCCACUAUGAGAUUAAACUGCCUCUAUUUAUUCUGUCAGACGUCGGAUGGCGUUCUUCGCUCCUGUGUAGAUUUAUAUCACUGGUAGUUCACCGUAGCUUUCAGAGGUUAUACAGUCGUGUUGUUUUUUUUUUUUUUUAAAGAUGUUUUUAUGCUCUGAACAGUGUGGGCUGUCUUUUUUUUAAAAAUGUCAUAGUUUUAUACACGUGGCUCAUCUACUGUAGUGGAUAAUGGUGUAAUAAAGAAUGAAUGAAGGAAAAACAUUUUAACAUGUCCAGCGAUACUGAAAUAAUAAAAUUUGUUGCAACAUUUGUCAUUUGUAUGGUGGUAGUUGAUUAUCAGUUUUUUCUCCAUCAUUCAGGGCACAAAUGGCAAAACCUGUAGGCAAAGAAAGACAACCUUUUUUUUUCCAACAAAGAGCAUCAAAGCAUACAUUUAUUAUGAAACGGAAAAUAAAAUUAACAAAAUACUGCACCAAUCCAAUAAAUUAUUAUUCAAUUCAGAUGUUUGUGCUUGUAGUGUUUGACAUGAGACAAUGGCAGAUCCUCAGGUGGUUAGCGUACAUGCUGCUAUAUCACAACUAGAGAGCAUAUUUCUAUAUUUCAGUGAACUGAAGGCUUUCUUCUGUGGAAAAGAUGUUUUCAUUCUUUAUUGCCUGACCUCCAUAAAAUUUUGAUUUACCAACUGGCUCUGCUGCUGGUAGCAUAUAAUCCUUCCGAUGAUCUGAUUGGUUCAAGCCAACCUGUGAGAGAAGGUCGCCGACGGAUCAUUUGUCCAAUCACCGGUGGAGUAGCACUUCUCCAACAGUUUCUGUCAGCUCAAGUGCGACCAUCCAUAUCCACUCCAAAGUUUCUAGAAUUAAGACUAUAUUUUUAUAUAAUAUCUAGUCAUACCAUAUCAUUUACAAAAGGUAUAGACACAUUUCAGUGAAGUAGGAUAUGUAUUUGUGUCCAGCAGUUGAACUUCUGAAUUCUGGAUUUUUUCAGUGAGUUAAGAGUAUUUAGAUUAUUUUUAACUUUGCCUGUGUUUGUCUGUUGUUCAUACAUUCAUUGUUGAAUGCCACUGUAGAAGUGAGACGCUUUUCUACAAAAUGUUGCUUUGAAUAAUACUCUGAAUAAUACUGGAUAAACCACGUCAGACAAAGCAAUGUUUUUUAUAUAUAUAUGUUUUAAAAGAUGUCUGGUGGGGAUCUUUAUGCAUACAGUAUUUAAGUCAGCUGACUACUCCUCAUCUUUGCUGCAAUUUCCUAUGCAGUUAUUCACACUACAUUCUCCAAGGUAAGGCAGCCCAAAGUGCUUUGCAUGCUCGAUCCUGCCUUGGCAUAACUACUGUGAUGUCCAUAAACCUAUUGCAUUAUUAAAAAACAAAAAAAACAAAAAAAAACAACACUCUCAAGAGGGAGGGAUAACUGAUGUUUUGGGAUGAGCUUGGAGCCUCUCCUAAGAAGUGUUUACCAUUUUUGCAUCCCAUCAAUAUUUACUGUGCAGUUUACUGCAUACUGCCUUUACGCCUGCUUCAGGCAGGAGGUAACCACUCUCGUUUGCCCCUUUACAUUUGACUGUGCAGGUUACAGCGCAUACAACUUGCGUGCACAAGAUGAUUGAGUAAACACAAGAUUGGGAAUAAGAUAAGCGUUAAAUAUCAUGUGAAUGCACUUCAAGUUCAAAAAUGCAGCCAGUGAACACAAAGAAAUACAAAGAUUUCCACAAAGAUUCAUCUUUUAUUUCCCGAGAUGCAUUAAGAAAAGUCGACCAUUUUUCCAUGCAAAUGGUAAACCACAGCCCGAACGUCAACCUCUGAGUCGGAGAACGAGCCGGGUGAUGCAGCGCUUCCAUGACGCAAAGAUAAAGUAAAAGUGGUAACAACUGGCAACAACUUCACAGCCAACUAAGUAACGUGACAUCAGCAUGAGCCUCUACAGACAAUAAUAUGUCAUUUCAAGGUCGGACGCGGUCUUUGAAAACCUCAAAAAACAUCAGUGUGAAGAUUGUCUCAGCGGCGAGCGCUCAUCAUCGGCUGCUCGUCUUCCAUGAUCUCAUACUGUAAUCGUGAUAACAAAGGUCGACAUUAGCUUUAAAUAGUUCAAAGACACUGUGGAGCCACCUGGGUGUAGCUUAAACAAGCAGAUAACAUUAAUACAAAGUAAGUGUUUUUUUUUCCUUUAAGACAUGUCCGCGGGCUGACCAGGAUCCAUUUUAACGGUCAAUCUGACGUAGCAUUAGAUUUCAUUUGGCAAAUUUAUUCAAAGCGUUUAGAGCCGUACACGUCUCUAAUCACAGUUUGUCUGGCCGACUGGGAAACCCAAACAAAACCUCCAUAAUCCCGUGGCUGUUUACCAAAUAUUAAAGCCGAGUCAGCAGCUCGAGCCAACAAUGAGCGAAUCGGAAAACGCUGACUCAGCGUGACCCAAAAGAGCGUAACGGUGGCGCGGCCGUGAAACACUACUACAUAGCCCUUAAUAACAGGAUACCAGUUACGUGUUCUUGAUGCUUUUGACAGACUCCAUGCAUAGAAUUCUGCAAACAUGUCACUGCACAUAACAGGCAUUCCCACAAAAGUGCACCAUUUGGAAACGUAAAAUAAAAUCUCAGUUCUAGACGACUGGAGCCAUUUUCCAGUCAGAAAUUUAAAAAAAACAAA